AAUCAAAAUCAGUAAUAAAAAACCAGAAAAAAACGAAAGUCAAAUUGUGGGUUGUGUUGUUGUGUAUUACAAAAUCAGUUCUUUACGAAUGUACCUAUUUCUCGUUGGAUGAGUUUAAUAAGUGAUAAUCAUAAAUGAAUCUGGCAUAUAAUCUGAUAAAUUCGGCAACUCGAUUGAUUUGGCUGCCACAAGUUGUGUCUGUUCGGUUUCGUUAUCACGCAGACAAGGUUGCUCGCGGCCGUCUCGUGCGCCGGUAUGGCUAUAAAGAAAAAAUACUCCAGACAGGAAUGCUUCCCCAUUUAGACAAUGGACAAAAACUGCCGAUGCCUGAUUACAGACCAAAAAAUGCCUGGUGCGAAAAACGUGCUUUAUUCGGUCAAAACGACUACAUCGAUAUUUUAGGAAACGACAGACUGCAUCCCACGAAAGUUCUAUAUUCUGUUCCUUCGUGGUUACGUGGCGUAUCCGGGAAUGAAUAUCAGGUUUUGCUGCGAAAGCGGAAAAUGCUUAGCCAAACAAUCUAUCCCAAUGCACGACCGACCAAAUGGAGAGACAUGGAAAAACGGAUCUCCUAUCUAUACAGGUUUCUCAAUAGAAAAACCAAAACCGGCCCAUCUAAUAUUUGAUUGCAGUUUUUCUUAGUUAGUCAAAAAUCAACUAUUUGAUUUAUUCCACAUUGAUAUAAAUAUAAAACAAAAAUCGAUGUUAGCUA